UUUAACGCGUUAAUUAAGAUUAAUUAAUUACACAAAAAUUAACGCGUUAGACAUUUUAACGCAUUUUAAUCGCACUUAUUUUUGCACCGCGGAACGUUUCUCACUGGACGAGUUGCGCCAGACCGAUUAUACUGGAGCACCAACUAGCGUUCAGACAACAACAACAAACCGCAGUGAACAUGAACGAAGGAGCUGAUGAGACCGCUUUGGUUGGCCCCGUGGAUGGGAAAUUUAGUUAUAAAAAACGAACGGAUGGAAGUGUCGAUAAGAGCAUGGUUAUAUGCAAGAUAUGCCACAAGGAAUUCGCAUAUCACCGCAGCACAUCGAGCCUUAAGUAUCACCUAAGUGCCAAACAUAUAGCAGCUAGCGUGGACGUAAGCCCGACUCCGAGUAGUUCGAGGACCCACACCCAACCCACACUCCACCAGAUGACUGGUUUAAGGACCAGGGUAACUAAGUCCACGUCUGAAAAAAUAACAAACGGCCUGGCUCACUGGAUUGCACUCGACUGUAGACCACUUGGAGUGGUUGAAGAUAAAGGCUUGCAAAAAGUACUACAGAUUGCGUCGUCUGACACAACAUACGAGCUGCCAUGCAGAAAGACAGUGACAAAAAGAGUCCAGCACCUUUAUGACACUGAAAAGGCAGAUAAAGAGAAUUUAUUGGAGAAAGCCGAGUGUGUUGCCCUGACUGGGGAUCAUUGGACCUCGGUAAGCAAUUCAAAUUACCUCGGUGUGACGGCACACUUUAUUGACGUCAAGUGGCGUCUUCACUCAUUUGCCUUAACUAUUCAGAAAACCACCGCUAGGCACUUUGCUGAAAACGUGGCAGAAGAUUUUGAGUCUGUGGCAGAGGCAUGGGAAAUCACACAAAAAGUCACCACAAUCGGAACAGACAGUGCCCGAACGAUGAUGGCUGCAAUGAGACGGCUCACAUUCCAACACAUGCCGUGUGUUGCUCACGUGUUGCAGAGGACCAUCACAGUUUGCCUUGCUGACAGCGGGUUCACAGCCACAUUGGCAAAAUGUCGUAAAAUAGUGGGGCAUUUUAAACACAGCCCCUCAAACACAGAGGAACUGCACAAGGAGCAAACACAACUAGAACAAGACGAAGAGCCACUGAUACAGGAUGUUUCCACAAGGUGGAAUUCAACACUGUUUAUGAUCUCUCGUCUGCUGCGGAAUCAAGAGGCUGUGAAGCUUACUCUAGCCAAACAGAAGCACAAGCUCACCAUGUUAACAACAGCAGAGUGGGACAGACUGCAGAGGCUCGAGACCCUCCUUAAACCAUGCAGAUAUGUGACUGAGCUCCUUGGGGGGGAGACUUAUGUCUCGUGCUCUGUUGUGUUACCUGCUCUCCGCCACCUGACCCACAUCAUGGAGGUCUCAGAUGAUGACCCAGCCUAUGUGGUGAGGUUCAAGGGUGACUUUAAAAAGGACCUGUCUCAACGCCAAGAUACCCUCAAUCUUGGAUGGCUCAGGGUGGCUACAGCACUCGACCCCCGCUUUAAGGACCUAAAGUGUCUACCAAGAGGAGAGCGAGAAGGGGUGUGGACCAGCAUUGAGGCACUGCUGCGAAUAGAACCAAACAGAGCCACUCCAGAACCCACAGAGGAGCCAGCAAGGAAGAGGAGCCUCCUACUGUUUAAUUCAGACUCUGAAUCAGAGGAUGAAGAGAGGCACAACGUGGCUCUGGCUCGCUACAGGGCAGAGCCCACCAUCAGUGAGACAGACUGCCCUCUGCAGUGGUGGUCCACUCAUGAGGGAGCACAUCCACAGCUUUCUGCCCUGGCUCGCAAGUAUCUGGGCAGCCCUGCCACUUUUGUCCCUUGCGAGAGACUUUUCUCACAGGCAGGCAACAUUGUUCAAAAAAAAAGGGCAGCCUUGAGCUCUGAAAAUGUGAACAGGCUAGUGUGUCUCAGCAACUGGCUAAAAGAGAAGGAGAAGUAG